AUGCUCAGAUCGACUGUUCGUAAACCUCUACAGCUAGCCUCCAGAGUCAAACUCAGUACGGCUUCCUGGAGUGCGUCAAGGAGAGCGGUACCACUGCAGGCGGGCAGAGUGUGGUGGCCAAAAGUGCAGGAGUACUCCACGAAAAUUCAGCCUAAAUUAACCGCUGAAUCAUACCCAGAUGUUCACCGCUUUUCGGGUUUCAAAAAGCUGGCUGACGAGGACUUAUCGUUUUUCAGAUCCAUCUUGUCUGACAGCGAAAUUUUACAGGCAAAGGCCGAUGAGGACCUCGCUUUAUUUAACGAGGAUUGGAUGCGCAAGUACAAGGGCCAGUCUCAGCUCGUUUUAAGACCCAAAUCGGUGAACCAAGUGUCGCAGAUCCUCAAGUACUGUAACGAGCAAAAGUUGGCUGUCGUUCCCCAGGGCGGUAACACCGGUUUAGUCGGCGGGUCAGUGCCCGUUUUCGACGAGAUCGUGCUGAGUCUCACACAACUCAACAAAAUCCGUGACUUUGACCCCGUCAGUGGAAUUCUAAAGUGCGACGCAGGUGUAAUUCUCGAGAAUGCGGACUCUUUCUUGGCGGAGCAUGGAUAUAUAUUCCCAAUGGACCUUGGCGCCAAAGGUUCCUGCCAUGUUGGAGGCAUCGUAGCUACCAAUGCUGGUGGCUUGAGAUUAUUGCGCUACGGCUCUCUUCAUGGUACUGUCUUGGGUCUGGAAGUGGUCUUACCUAACGGAGAAAUCCUUGAUUCUAUGAACGCGCUCAGAAAGGACAACACGGGCUAUGACCUGAAGCAGAUGUUCAUUGGAUCUGAGGGUACCAUCGGUGUCAUUACUGGUGUUUCUAUCUUGACACCCCCCCGUCCAAAGGCCUUCAACGUCAGCUUCCUAGGUGUGGAGAGCUACGAGGCUGUCCAGAAGACAUUUGUGCAAGCUAAGCAGGAGCUGUCUGAAAUUUUGUCUGCUUUCGAGUUCAUGGACCUCAACUCUCAAAGGCUCACUAAGGAGCACUUGAAAGAUGUUCCUCACCCUCUCGAGGAAGAGUAUCCAUUCUACAUCUUGAUCGAAACAUCUGGAUCCAACAAGGAGCACGAUGAUGUCAAGCUCGAAACGUUUUUGGAGAAGGCUAUGGAGGAUGGUACUGUUUUAGACGGUGUUGUGGCCCAAGACGAGACCGAGUUGCGCAACCUGUGGCAAUGGAGAGAAAUGAUCCCAGAGUCUAGUCAGGCCGGCGGCGGUGUUUACAAGUACGACGUUUCCUUACCUCUCAAGGAUCUUUACUCUUUGGUUGAGGCUGCUAAUGCGAAGUUGACUGAAAAGGGUCUGCUAAGUGUCGAGGACACCUCUAAGCCAGUUAUCAGCGCCAUCGGAUAUGGCCAUGUGGGUGAUGGUAAUUUGCACUUGAACGUCGCGGUCAGGGAAUACUCUAAAGACGUCGAGAAGGCGUUAGAGCCUUUCGUCUACGAACACGUUUCUUCUAAGAACGGUUCCAUCAGCGCUGAGCAUGGUUUGGGCUUCCAGAAGAAAAACUACAUUGGUUACUCCAAGAAUGACCAAGAGAUCAAGAUGAUUAAGCAGCUGAAGAACCUUUAUGACCCUAAUGCAAUCUUGAACCCUUACAAGUACGUUUAA